AUGUUACCUGAAAAGUCAGCCCCCAGCUGGUCCUCAAGUCCUCUUAUGGGCAACAUGAUCCCGUACAUGGUAUCGUACUUGCGUAUCCAUAGUCAGUCUAAGGACCUUCGGAACACAGGCGCCAUCUGGAUACAGUCGGCGGCUCUGGCAGGUCAGGCCGUGGGUAUGGCCAUCAGCGGUGGUCUGCAGCUCAAGUUUUCUACACGAGUCACAACCGUCAUCGGUGGAUGUGUGAUGAGCUGUGGAGUUGCCGUCACUUAUUUUUCCAUCGACCAGUCGUUCUGGCUUUUACUGUUCACCUACGGCUUUCUGUUUGGGGUUGGCCUCGGGAUAGCGUAUACCCCAGCGUUCGCCUGUGCGAUGAAAUGGCUGCCCGCCAAGAAGGGUCUAGUGACUGGCCUGGUGCAGAUGGGUUUCGGGGCUGGUGCCUUUGUUUUAAACCAGAUCCAGACAAUCUACAUCAAUCCGGAAAACCUUACCCCAGAUGAAGCCAUAUCAAACCAAUCCAACGAAAAAUAUUUCACCCAGGUGGCUGUGUUAGAGCGAGUACCCACGUGUUUCCUUAUGUUAGCCGGGUCUUAUGCCGGUCUGCAGAUCCUCGGCUGUUGUCUUAUAUCGGAUCCACCUGCCACCGAGGAAGACUUGGAAGUAACAUUAGACGAUGAAGACAGCGACUCAACAACGACGACAAGGUUUUCUCGGAAACCAGUCGACAGGGGAGAAGUUAACAGCAGUUUUGUUCAGGAAUCUUGCCACAGGAUAAUGGACUCGUGA